AUGGAGUUUGGCAACCAAAGAGUCGCUAGGAAGCGUGAGAUCCGAACCCGAGCCCCGACAGCCUGUCAGACCUGUCGGCUGCGCAAGACACGAUGUGACAAUACCAGGCCGAUCUGUAGCUACUGCGCCGUGCAGGGGGUGGAGUGCAACUAUCCCGAAACCUCACCACAGCAGAACCAUCUUGGGUUUGACCCUGUGAAUCCGUCGAACCAAGAAGUGCUCCAACGACUGAAUCAUAUCGCCGGUUUGCUAGAGGAUAUUAAGACAUCCGAAGGCUCCACCUCCUCGAGUCGCUCACUCAGCUCACUCAAAGAAGGAUUCUUUGAGUUAGUCGUGCAGAACACUAGCCCCGUGGCUGAUUCAUUGUCGGGGACUAAUCCAACAAGCAGCAGCACUGCUAGUGUCGAUGAUCGGGGAACCGAUCACGAUCCCCGAAUCCUUUACAUGGCUAGCUCCGGGGAGAACAUGCUCCGAUGGCCUAUCUUCAACAAGGUCAUCACCGAAUCCGAAAAGCAUAUUCGAUCCUUCCUGCUCGACUCACUGGAUAGUCAGCCCCGUAGUAUGCAGGUACCCCGGCAAGUGGGAAUCGGAAGCUUUGUCGAUGAGAUUCCUAGACUUUGCAGGAAGUACUUCCUGCUAUGUCACCGAAGAAACCCGAUAGUCGACCUAGAGAAUCUAGACCGCUAUGCCAAGGAGGUCACCGUCCAGGGUCUUGGAUGGGAUGGCCCCUCGUGUCAAGUAUUGUUAGCGUGCGCUUUAGCUUCAUGCACAUCAUCCAAGUUUGUUCCGCUGGCGGAGGACAUGCCAGCGAAUCUCGAUGGACUCCAAGCACCACCCAUGUCAGACGCCAACCUCGAUCUGGCUGAGACAUAUUUCCACGCUGCAAAGCAGAGAUUUGGCUUCUUGCAUACGUCCCCAACAGACAUUCAGUGCUUCCUUCUUGCUGGCAGUUACCACCGACAUGCUAUACGACCUCUACAGGCUUGGUUCUGUUACCAGCAGGCAUCUUGCAGACUAGAAGUUCGUUUGCGGUCGCUGUGUAGAGAACGGUGGACCGCCGACGACAACUACCAUAACCUGGAAUCGAGACUAUACUGGUCCUGUAUCCAGGCAGAACAUGAGAUGCAGAGCGAGCUUCCUCUCUGGAAUAGUGGCCUUGAAAGCAUGGGUUAUUCAGAUCCGUUCCCCAAAUUUCCUAGCAGGAAUUCUUCUUCCUCAUAUAACCAGAUGGAUGAAGACCAAGAUUUCUCCAUCAGACCAGGCUUUGAACUAAAUGGCACGGAAGAAGAGAGAGGGUGGAAAUUCUACAUCGGGUCUAUCUGUAACCGCCGGACCACUAAUGAAAUAGUGUACCAAAUCUCGAUAGCCGGGAUCCAGUCCACACAAGACAACCCAGACCUAAGGUUCUUCUUCCGCGGCCGGUAUCACAUGGCACUGGAGAGGAUCUAUCGACCAGCAUUCUACCUUGCGAUGCACUACAAAGGGAUGCCAACAUUCAUCAAGAACAACCACCAAGUCUGGGUAGAUGUGUUCGACCUGGCCCAAAAGGCCAUUGACAACUGCGUCAUAUUGAUCCCAAGCUACUGGUAUCAGUUCCGACAUGAAUGGAUUUGGAACGUGGUGCGCGCUAGCUUUGCCUGUGCUGUGCACAUCCUUGGGGCUGUCUUAUAUCAGGUCGAAGCGUCAAGGGAUCACAGUACAUGGCAGGUGCGUAUCCCGUCAAAUUGGGCUCCUUUGGUGAGGCUGUCGAUUCGCACAUUGAGGCAUUGGUCAGCGGAGUCUACUGAUCUAGAGCUUAUGGGGUCGAUUCUUGAAAGGAUGUAUCAGGGCACGUGUCGGUUGGCUAAUGUGCGCCCUGAUAUUCAUCUAAUUUGA